UGUCUCUUCAUUACUCUCUCACCUUCGAUGAGGAUAAUGACCAGUGUCUAGAACUACCUUCUGUCCCGUCUUCAUCAACAGUUUUUUCAAUGUUUUUCUGGUGAUUUUUCAAUCGAUAAUUUGCGCGUACCCGUCUCUCCUGGCCCCAGAACGCUGGAUUCACGAAGACAAAGUGUUUCUAGCUACAUUUUAGUCUGUUUGUUUCGUGAGAAUUUUCUUGACAUUUCCAAGGUUGCCUUGUGAUCUAGAAGGAUACACACAGAUGCAUAUCCUUUGUGUUCUCUACCAGUUCAUUCUGUCAUUUGGGAUGUGAAGCCUUUUUGAUGCAGAGCUUGCUUGGAUCAAUAUCUUUUCCGGGACAUUUUUUUCGGUUCGGACGACCGCUACAUUCAUUGUAAAUCGGUAAUAAAAUUGAUCAGACUUCGAUGAACAAAACCUUUUGUACUUGGGAGACAAAAGGGUGAGAAUUUAUCAUUGCACCACCAGACUGAGAGAUGAGUUGCUUUUCAUGCUUUUCAUCCCAUGAGAAGAAGGCGGCUUCCAAGAGGUCACAUGAUGGGAGAAGACAACAGAACCAAUUGCCCGCUUCUCCUCCUCCUCGGAAACAAUCUAGCGCUCCAACACGGACCGAGACUAGUAAGCGGAGACCACCCGUCGAGACCGUGCCGAAAAAGGUCGCUCCUCCUAAAGUAGCGGACAGCAAUAACAACGUUGCGGCGCAAACAUUCACCUUCCGAGAACUGGCGACCGCAACGAAGAACUUUAGGCAGGAAUGCUUGAUCGGGGAAGGCGGGUUUGGGAGAGUUUACAAGGGAAAGCUCGACAAAACCGGGCAGGUCGCGGCGGUGAAACAACUCGACAGGAACGGCUUGCAAGGGAACAGAGAGUUCCUCGUGGAGGUGUUGAUGCUGAGCCUUUUGCACCAUGAGAACUUGGUGAAUCUCAUCGGCUAUUGCGCCGACGGUGAUCAGAGGCUUUUGGUGUAUGAGUACAUGCCACGCGGUUCCUUGGAAGACCAUCUGCUCGAUCUUGGACCAAACAAACUGCCAUUAGAUUGGUUCACACGAAUGAAGAUAGCCCUAGGAGCAGCCAAGGGCUUGGAGUAUCUGCACGACAAGGCGAACCCCCCGGUCAUCUACCGCGACUUGAAGUCCUCCAACAUUCUUUUGGACAACCAGUUCAACGCGAAGCUCUCCGAUUUCGGGUUGGCCAAGCUGGGCCCAAUGGGGGACAGACAGCACGUAUCUUCAAGAGUGAUGGGGACUUAUGGCUACUGUGCCCCAGAGUAUCAGAGGACGGGCCAACUUACCGUGAAGUCGGAUGUGUACAGCUUCGGCGUUGUCCUGUUGGAGUUGAUCACCGGAAGGAGAGCUAUCGACACCACCCGGCCAACAGAAGAGCAAAAUCUAGUCUCUUGGGCACAACCCGUUUUCAAGGACCCCCGCAGAUACCCAGAAUUGGCGGAUCCGCUCCUAAACAAUGAGUUUCCGGUGAGAGGCCUGAACCAGGCAGUCGCAGUGGCCGCGAUGUGCCUCAACGAAGAAGUGGCAGUCCGACCCUUAAUGACCGACGUCGUGACCGCGUUGAGCUAUCUCUGGUUAGGCCCUGGGACAGGGACCGUAACGGUCCACACGCAAUCUCCGCCGUCCGAUCACAACACGAUGGACGGAGAUAGGAACAGUCAGGCAGGGGACAGCACCAGCACGAUGGAACGUGAGCGCGCAGUCGCGGAAGCGAUCGAAUGGGGCUCCAACUCACGGCGCAACGCGAGCUCACGCUGCGGGAGUUAUUCUUCAUUGUAAGAUUUUUUUGCAUACAAUGAUGUUAAUACCGGCAUUUUCUCCGUCUGGGGGUUUCAUUGCGUCUUCGAACCUUGCAAUAAGAGGAUCUCCAAGAGCAUAUUUCUCUUUCUUACGUUUUAAGAUCGAAGAAAGAUCGUCGAACUUCACGCGUGCAGAGAUACGCUUACAGAUUUCUGCAGAUGCGUCUAAGAGGACACCAAACUUUGAACGUUUAGUCCUAGAAUUUUUAAGCUAAGUUGUUAACUUCUUCUGUAUCCGUUAUGGUGGAAUAUUACUUCUUAUGAC